AACCGCCAACCAGAAGAACAGCAGCAACACGAAAAUACGCUUGCACUGGCACUUCCGCCGCAGCAACAUGAAAACACGCUUACAUUGACACUCCCGCUGCAGCAACAACCGAAGAACAACGGCAGAGGCGGUGGAGGCGAAAGAGAAGACUGCUGGAGCGAAGGCGCCACUGGUGUUCUAAUCGACGCGUGGGGAGAGAGGUAUUUGGAGCUGAGCCGUGGGAACUUAAAGCAGAAACAUUGGAAAGAAGUGGCGGAUAUUGUGAGUGCAAGAGAGGACUACACGAAGACUCCGAAAACGGAUAUUCAGUGUAAGAAUCGAAUCGAUACGGUAAAGAAGAAGUAUAAGGUAGAGAAAGCUAAGAUUGCAUCUGGAGGUGGGCCUAGUAAGUGGGUCUUUUUCGAGAAAUUGGAUCAACUCAUAGGACCCACGGCCAAGAUUACUGGUAAUGCUGCGGCCGUGGUUGGUGGCAGUGGUGUAAGUACUGGCUUUUUGUCUAAAAUACCCAUGGGGAUUCCGGUUGGGAUCCGUUCCAGUUUGAAUCCAUUUCGAGUUUCUCAGCUUCAAAAAAGGCAACAACAACAAAAACAACCAAGGGUGGUUGUAUUAAAAAAUCAGAAUACGAUGCAUCUCACGAAGCGGGGUCCGUUGGGUACAAAUUCUGAGGAGGAAGAGGAGAAGCAGAAGCAGGAGGAAGCGGAUUCAUUGAAUAGUUCACCGCCACGUCCAACGGGUAAAAGAGCAAGGAGGGUGGUUCAUAAGGGUGUCGAUUCAGGGGAGAAAGGAAGGAAAUGGGGGAACUCCCUCAGAGAAUUGACUCAGGCGAUAUUGAGGUUUGGUGAAGCUUAUGAGCAGGCGGAGAGUGCGAAGUUACAACAGGUGGUGGAGAUGGAGAAGCAGAGGAUGGAGUUUGCAAAGGAGCUGGAGUUGCAGAGGAUGCAGUUUUUCAUGAAGACCCAGCUAGAGAUUUCACAGUUGAAGCAUGGGAGAAAAGGUGCUGGAAUUGGGAAUGGCAGUAAUCAUUAUAGUAACAUUAAUAAUAGCAAUAACAACAACAUUAGUGAUAGUACUUAAGUAAAUUCAGUAGGCUUGGAAUUGGAUUAGGAGUUAGAUUUUACUUUGUGUUUUCUUGGGUUAAGAGUAAAGACCCUAGGUUUGUAUUUGAAUUGGUAGUUUUCGAGUGUAUCUUCAUGCUUUCUUUGUUAUACUUUUUUCUUUUUUAUCACAAUUUAACUUGAAGCACUGUUAAUGUAGUGAAUAGAUGCUCAAUUAUUUUGUACCAAAAGAAGUUUCUCUUAAAUUUAUUUUGAAUGUAGUUGGAUAUUUUCAAAUCAAAUCUAUUGAUGGCUACAUUGCUUUUGUGUGGUGAGCCAGUCCAAAGGAUCAGUUCAAACCCGAAAUUACAGAUCUAUAUUCGGCCAGCUUUGAAUCUUUUGGUUGCAUCCGAGUGGAUUCUGGAGCAAUACUCCGGUUCACUGCUUGUUAAUAGUAAAGUUUUCCCACUGGAGAACUGAACCUUUUGCUGCUGUAUGCUUAUGCAA